AUGCCGGUUCCUAAUAACUCUUUAGUCUCUCAAUUUAGCAACUUGAUGUUGUUGCGUGAGUUGCAGUAUGAUACUAUUUCUUUGACUCGUGAGCAUGAUGCAAAUGUCUUAAAGUUAAAUGAAGAACAGAGGGUGGUCUAUGAUAAAAUUAUUGAUUGCGUUUCGAAUAAGAGGCACGGAUUCUUUUUUGUGUACGGGUUUGGUGGUACUGGAAAAACUUUUUUAUACAGGGUUUUGUCGGCUAGAUUGCGAUCUGAGAAAAAGAUUGUUAUAAACGUUGCUUCUAGUGGUAUUACCUCUCUGUUGUUACCUGGUGGUAAGACGGCGUAUUCUAUGUUCAAUAUUCCUAUUGAGCUGACUAAAGAUACUGUUUGUCGGAUUAAGAAGGAUAGUGCAAAAGCUGAGGUAGUCCGAUUGGCCGAUUUGAUUAUUUGGGAUGAGGCACCGAUGACUAACAAAUUAGCAUUUGAAGCGCUCGAUAGGACGUUACGUGAUAUAAUGGUUUCGGUCUCUGAUAGGAAUAAAGAUUUACCUUUUGGUGGGAAGGUGGUCGUUCUUGGUGGUGAUUUCAGGCAGGUCUUGCCAGUUAUUCCGAAAGGUUCUCGUGCUGAGAUUGUCAUGGCUUCGAUAAAUUCUUCUAUCCUCUGGAAAUAUUGCAAAGUUUUGCGUCUGACAAAAAAUAUGAGGUUAACAAUGGGAUUGGAACAAUCAACUCCUCAGGAGUUAAGGUCAUUUUCAGAUUGGAUACUUCAAAUCGGUGAAGGUCGAUGUGGAACAGUGGUCAGUGAUAAAAUUUUUGUUGAUAUUCCUUCUGAUCUAAUCAUUCCUGUCUUGGAAAAUCCAGUGGAAGAUAUUGAUAGGGCGAUUCUGGCUCCGACUGUCGACAAUGUUGAAGAGAUAAACAAUUAUAUAGUUGACUUGUUGCCCGGUGAGGAGAAAAAUUAUCUCAGUACUGAUUCGAUAUGUGGUAGUGAUGUCUAUUAUGAUGUUGAUGUUGAUUGGAUAAAUGUUGAAUUCUUGAAUCAGAUUAGGUGUUCUGGUCUACCUAAUCAUUCGUUGAAGUUGAAAAUAGGCGUGCCUAUUAUUUUGUUGAGGAAUAUUGAUCCACCUGGGGGUUUGUGUAAUGGGACCCGACUUGUUGUGCGAGAUCUAGGGAGAAAUGUGAUCAGUGCGGAUAUUGUUUCUGGUAGCAAUGUUGGGGAUAAAGUUUUUAUCACCAGAAUGAAUAUGAUUCCCAGUGAUACGGUUAUACCGUUUAAAUUCCAAUGCCGUCAGUUCCCGAUUUCUCUGUCGUUUGCGAUGACAAUAAACAAAAGCCAGGGUCAGACAUUAUCAACAGUCGGUUUGUUCUUGCAUCGUCCUAUGUUUUGUCACGGUCAACUUUAUGUAGCUCUUUCCCGAGUUAGGAAUAGAAAUGGUCUUAAGAUUUUACUUUGUGAUGAUGGAUUAGUUGAUCCUAUCAGGACUGAAAACGUUGUAUUUACAGAAGUUUUUGAUAAGAUAUAA